UCGUGAUCCCACGUCUCUCUCCCUUCUCAAUCAUCGCGUGCCGUCAGUUUCUCCUCACCAGUCACCACCGUUCCCGCCGUCGCCGUUCUCUCUCUCUUAGUUGCUGGUCGCUGGUCGCAGUUCGAAGUCGAACAGGUCAAGGAGUAGUGAAGGGCGUAUUGCAAAGAAAAACGAAGCUGAUGGAAAGGAGAUGCAUUCUGAUCAAGUAAAUGAGAGUCGUUACUGCCUAAAUGACGGUUCUGAAGCGGGUUGGGUCAGUUUGGGUCCUGUCCGUACAUAACCGACCUGGGUCGGGUUGGGGCAAUUUUUAAGGACACCCGAUCCGGCCCAAUUUCACCCCUAACUUCGGAGGGUAGGCUGAGCCUUCACCUAAAUGAACAUGAUUUGAUCAACAAAGCAUGUUCUACAAAUUUUGUUUCUCAUCUUGCAGAUUUCUUCCUCAUUUCUCUCCACCUGGGUUUCUCUUUUCUACUCAAUCCAACUGCAAAACCCCAAUAAACCCCACUUUAUUUUCGUCAAAUGCAGAAUCGCUGCUGGCAUUAAUUUUCCAAGCUUGUAACGACCAUUCUCUUCUUCGUCAAGGUAAACAAUCUCAUGCUCAGGCCAUUGUCAGUGGACUUGGCCAAAAUGGAGAUUUGGGUCCUAGAAUUUUGGGUAUGUAUGUGCGUACUGGAAGUUUUGAGGAUGCCAAGAACUUGUUUUAUACUCUUCAAUUGGGACGUACUUCAGCUUGGAAUUGGAUGAUUAAGGGGUUUACAAUGAUGGGUCAGUUUAAUUAUGCUUUGUUGUUUUAUUUUAAGAUGUUGGGCGCUGGAGUUUAUCCUGAUAAGUAUACAUUUCCUUAUGUAGUUAAAGCCUGUGGUGCUUUGAACAGUGUGAAGAUGGGUAAGAUUGUUCAUGAGACUGUUAAUUUAAUAGGUCUUAAGGAGGAUGCCUUUGUGGGUAGUUCUUUAAUUAAGUUGUAUGCAGAGAAUGGUCACUUGAGUGAUGCCCAGUAUCUGUUUGAUAAUAUUCCUAAGAAGGAUUGUGUUUUGUGGAAUGUUAUGCUGAAUGGUUAUGUGAAAAAUGGAGACUCUGAUAAUGCCAUUAAGAUCUUUUUGGAAAUGAGAAAUAGUGAGAUUAAGCCCAAUUCGGUAACUUUUGCUUGUAUUUUAUCUGUUUGUGCCUCAGAGGCAAUGCUUUACUUAGGUACUCAACUUCACGGGAUUGCUGUUAGUUGUGGGCUGGAAUUAGAUUCUCCAGUGGCUAAUACAUUGUUGGCUGUGUACUCGAAAUGCCAAUGCUUACAAGCUGCACGUAAACUGUUUGAUACAAUGCCGCAAAGUGACUUGGUGAGUUGGAAUGGAAUAAUUUCUGGAUAUGUACAGAAUGGUUUGAUGAGUGAGGCUGAACAUUUGUUUCGGGGGAUGAUAACUGCAGGAAUAAAGCCUGACUCAAUCACUUUUGCAAGUUUUUUACCAUGUGUUAAUGAGUUGCUGAGUCUCAAACAUUGCAAGGAAAUUCAUGGUUACAUAGUAAGACAUGCUGUAGUUUUGGACGUGUUCUUAAAAAGUGCUUUAAUUGAUAUAUACUUCAAGUGCAGGGAUGUGGAAAUGGCACGAAAAAUUUUGUGUCAAAGUAGCUCGUUUGAUAUCGUAGUGUGCACGGCCAUGAUUUCAGGGUACGUGCUUAAUGGGAUGAAUACAGAAGCAUUGGAGGCAUUUAGAUGGUUGCUGCAAGAGAGAAUGAAGCCUACCUCGGUGACUUUUGCUAGUGUCUUUCCAGCUUUUGCUGGCUUGGCUGCUUUAAACUUAGGAAAGGAAUUGCAUGGUAGUAUCAUAAAGAAUAAGCUUGAUGAAAAAUGUCAUAUAGGCAGUGCUAUUCUGGACAUGUAUGCAAAGUGUGGAAGAUUGGAUCUUGCUCGUCGCGUUUUUAACAGAAUGACUGAAAAGGAUGCUAUCUGCUGGAACUCCAUGAUUACGAGCUGUUCCCAGAACAGCAAGCCAGGGGAGGCCAUUGAUCUUUUCCGCCAGAUGGGAAUUGAGGGAACUCAGUAUGACUGUGUGAGCAUAUCUGGUGCUCUAUCUGCUUGUGCAAACUUACCUGCUCUCCAUUAUGGAAAAGAGAUCCAUGGCUUAAUGAUCAAAGGCCCUUUAAGAUCUGACCUUUAUGCUGAGAGUUCACUGAUAGACAUGUAUGCUAAGUGUGGAAACUUGCACUUCUCUCGGCGAGUGUUCGACAUGAUGCAAGGAAAAAAUGAAGUCUCCUGGAAUAGCAUCAUUUCUGCCUAUGGCAACCAUGGUGAUUUGAAGGAGUGUCUUGCUCUAUUCCAUGAAAUGUUAAAAAACAACAUCCAGCCUGAUCAUGUCACCUUUCUUGGUAUCAUAUCUGCUUGUGGCCAUGCUGGCCGAGUCGAUGAAGGAAUUAGAUAUUACCACCUCAUGACAGAGGAAUAUGGGAUCCCAGCUCAAAUGGAGCACUAUGCCUGUGUGGUUGAUUUGUUUGGUCGUGCAGGUCGUCUGGAUGAAGCAUUUGAAACCAUAAAUAGCAUGCCAUUCCUUCCAGAUGCGGGUGUAUGGGGAACGCUACUCGGGGCCUGCCACGUUCAUGGAAAUGUUGAGCUCGCCGAAGUGGCAUCAAAACAUCUAUUUGAUUUAGACCCUCUAAACUCUGGCUACUAUGUAUUGCUUGCAAAUGUGCAGGCUGGGGCUGGAAAAUGGAAGAAGGUGCUUAAAGUACGAAGCAUAAUGAAAGAACGAGGAGUUCGAAAGAUUCCUGGUUAUAGCUGGAUCGAGGUCAAUAAUGCCACCCACAUGUUUGUUGCAGCCGACGGGAGCCAUCCGCUUACUGCCCAGAUCUAUUCCAUGCUGGAUAGUCUUCUUUUAGAACUGAAAAAAGAAGGAUAUGUUCCUCAACUCUACCUUCCAAUGCACCCACAACUUCUGAGUAAAUCAUUAUCAGAAACUGUUGCAAGAUGAACAAUUGAGAAGCACAAUUAGAAAUCGAAAUGUUUGUGUUAGACCAGCGAUCAAUUAUUGAUAGUCUUACUUGCAAUAGGGCUAGAUGAAUUAACCAGAUUUUUUCAUUGUAUCCAAUUGCGACUUGAAGAAGUCAUUUUGUUAAUCUGUUUAGUUUACAAUGUUUUACAAGAGAUAUAUAAAAGAGAAUAA